AUGUCAUCGUUUCUCAGGGCCCACAGGGUCAGGCCUGCUUAUACCUGUAUCCUCAAACCUUCAUUUUCCCGUUCAUUAACAACCACGCAGCGCUCCAUGGAGGACACUUUUAGAGCGGCGUGCAAGAACAAGAUCAUUCCGGGAGCUGUUCUUUUGGCUACAGAUAAGAGCGGAACAUUCAACUACAGCAACGUGUUUGGUGCCCGCUCCUUGGAGCAUCCGAGGAGUGAGCCGUUGUCUGUGGAUGCAACUAUGUGGAUUGCUUCGUGCACCAAGUUAUUUACAAGCAUUGCUAUUUUGCAGUGUGUUGAGCGUGGACUUUUUACACUAGAUGAGGAUGUCAGACACGUGUUGACGGAGCUUAAUGAUAUCGACGUACUCACCGGCAUCAAUGGCUCUGCCAUUGAAUCGAAGAAAAAUAGUCUACCCAUCACAUUGAGACAGCUUCUCUCGCACACCUCCGGAUUUGCCUAUGAGUUCAACUCUCCCCUAUUACAGCAGUGGCGCAAAUUACAGCCACAAUACAAUAGGCGUCCGCCCAUAAGUGUUCAUAACCGAUUCUUGCAUCCGCUUCUCUACGAUCCUGGGAGCAGCUGGUCUUAUGGUCCGUCUAUUGACUGGGCUGGCGUGCUCAUAGAGCGGCUUACUGGUCUCAGCCUCCAGGAUUAUAUGGCCCAGAAUAUCUGGCAACCCCUCGGGAUUACUGAUAUGACCUUUUUCCUCUCUGGUCGAGAUGACCUACGGGCUCGCGUGGCAUCAAUGUCCAAACGUGAACCAUAUGAAACUAGCGACAAUCCCACAGCUAAGUCGACCUCGGUCCACGCCCCCGAAUACCAGUAUUGUUUCAACCCUGAUAUGGCGGACUGCCAGGGCGGUGGAGGAGUUUUCGGCUCGCCUGUGGAAUAUAUCAAAGUCUUACGUGCGCUGCUUCUCGCGUCUGACGCGCCGGAUGUCCGACCGGUACCCCCUAAACAACUACUACACCGGUCAAGUGUCGAUGCGAUGUUCACACCUCAGCUUGGGGGUGAAAGUCAAAAGGCUCUCCAGGCUGUCGCCGAAAUUCCCCGGUACAACUACAUGAUGGGCGGAAUGCCACCUGAUACCCGUAAAGAUUGGGGACUUGGAGGGCUGCUUGUCAUGGAUGAUAUAGCAGGCUGGCGAAGCAAAGGCACGAUGACAUGGGGUGGCACUCCCAACCUGACCUGGUGGAUUGACCGCAAGGUCGGACUUUGUGGAUUAUAUGCAAGCCAGCUAAUGCCCAUUGGCGAUGCUAAAUCUGUAGAGCUGGAAAAGGUAUUUGAAAAGGCCAUGUAUGAACGGUACCGACAGCAUGUGGCGGACCAGAAUGAUUGCACCGAUUAG